AUGCUCAAGACUCUUUUUAGGAAGCACUCCACCAGCAUCACGGCAUGCGAAGCCGGCCCGGAAGUCGGAGUCUUGGCCCGCCCGACCAAGGAUUGGUUGCAGAUGUGGGAUGUCCGAACUCCUGAGACCACCACGGACUCUGAGCAUCGGCUCCGGAGACCCUCAACCCCGCGGAGAAGUGCGUCAGUUGUGUCCAGAGACUUUGGAUAA